UACACCAAAUGGGAUGUUUUUGUCAUGGCAUGAGUUACCUAUAAGUAUAAAGUAGAGUGUUCCAAUUAGGAAAGUGGGGGAUUAUGUGCAGGAAAACAUCACUGUCGUAUAGGUAAAUAACGCGAUUGUAUACGACACUAUACGGAAGUGGAAAAAAAAGUUGUCAAAUGGUAAAGAGUACCAUUCCGAUUACCCUUGUAAUCCAUAGUUGUCUUAGUGUCAGUUCAUUAUUGUCGGAAGUGUCAGGAGUCAGACAGUUCGUAUCUCGUUCCUUCGUAUAAUAAACUAUAAAAGUCAGUGUAGUUCACUAACUUUUCACAUCCUUAACUGUCAUUCGUUAAUUCCAUUUAAAUUCAUUCAGUAUGGGUGUAGUGGAUUCUAUUGCGGACUUAGUCCUUCAGACUUAUCAGUCAUUUUUAACUUUGACUUUGGGUCAACAGAUCUCCAUCAUCGUAUUGGCACCAUUUGUAUAUAAUUUGGUAUAUCAAUUCUAUUAUUCAUUAAGAAAAGAUCGUGCUCCAUUAGUUUUCCAUUGGAUUCCAUGGUUUGGAUCAGCUGUAACUUUUGGUAUGAAACCAUAUGAUUUCUUUGAAGAAUGUCGUUUAAAGUAUGGUGAUGUGUUUGCCUUUGUAUUAUUAGGUAAAACUAUGACUGUAUAUUUGGGUCCUAAAGGUCAUGAAUUUGUAUUUAAUUCUAAAUUAGCUGAUGUCAGUGCUGCUGAAGCUUAUACUCAUUUAACUACUCCUGUAUUUGGUAAAGGGGUCAUAUAUGAUUGUCCAAAUGCUAGAUUAAUGGAACAAAAGAAAUUUGCCAAAUUUGCUUUAACUAAAGAAUCUUUUAAGACUUAUGUUCCAAAAAUCAGAGAAGAAAUUUUAAAAUAUUUUGUAGAUUCUGACCAAUUCGAAUUAAAAACUCGUACUUCAGGUAUCGCCGAUGUUAUGAAAACCCAACCAGAAAUCACUAUUUUUACUGCUUCUAGAUCCUUAUUAGGUGAAGAAAUGAGAAAGAGAUUUGAUUCUACUUUUGCUCAAUUGUAUGGAGAUUUAGAUAGAGGUUUCACACCAAUUAAUUUUGUAUUCCCUAAUUUACCAUUACCUCAUUAUUGGAAACGUGAUGCUGCUCAACAAAAGAUUUCUUCAGCUUAUAUGGGUUUAAUUAAUAAAAGAAGAGAAACUGGUGAUGUUGAUCCUAAACGUGAUUUAAUUGAUUCAUUAAUGACUCAUUCUACUUAUAAAGAUGGUGUUAAAAUGACUGAUCAAGAAAUUGCCAACUUAUUGAUUGGUAUUUUAAUGGGUGGUCAACAUACUUCUGCAUCUACUUCUGCUUGGUUCUUAUUACAUUUAGGUGAAAAGCCUGAAUUACAAGAAGAAUUAUAUCAAGAAAUUACCGGAGUAUUAAAUCAAAAGGGUGGUGAUAUUAAUGAUUUAACUUAUGAAGAUUUACAAGAAUUACCAUUAGUUAAUAAGGUAAUUAAGGAAACUUUAAGAUUGCAUAUGCCAUUACAUUCUAUCUUUAGAAAAGUUAAAAGAGAUAUUUUAAUUCCAAAUACUAAUUAUGUUGUUCCUACCGGACAUUAUGUAUUAGUUAGUCCUGGUUAUACUCAUACUUCUGAAAGAUUCUUCCCAAAUGCUGAAGAAUUCGAUCCUCAUAGAUGGACUUCUGCUGAAUCAUCAGUAUCUGAAGAUGCUGGUACUGUUGAUUAUGGGUUCGGAGCUAUUUCUAAGGGAGUUUCCUCUCCAUACUUACCAUUUGGUGGAGGUAGACACAGAUGUAUUGGUGAACAAUUUGCCUACGUCCAAUUAGGAACGAUUUUGACAACAUUUGUAUAUAAUUUAAAAUGGACUUUAACUACCGAAAAAGUUCCUAACAUUGAUUUUGCUUCGAUGAUUACAUUACCUGAAGAACCAGCUAAGAUCAAAUGGACUAAACGUUCUACAGCAAGCAUCUAGUGAUACAUUUAAUUAUAUGAAACAUAUAAAUCGUAAUACAUUAAUACAUACUGAUAAAAUUGUAUAA